CGCCCUGCAUCCUCCGCUUCGCAUCCAUCCAACGUCGAUGGACUUGAAAAGCUCGAAUAAAGAUGCUCGCCGUCUCGGGUCGCUGGAGACGUGUCACCGGGUGAAACCGACGUACCUGGAGGGCGUCACGCAGAGGGCACGCGAGGACUUCGCCAAAGGACGACCUCUUUUCGCGGUUUGCGCGCGCGGGGACUCGUCCGACAUGGAGCUGAAGAAAUCCUUCUCGGACACGGAGCGCGCGCUCCGCAGCUACGGCGCGGUGUCGGAAACGGCGUGGACGACGGACAAAGGUCACUCCGACGUGUCCAUGGCGGAGAGCACCAUGUCCCCGGAGGAGAUCGAGGUGGAGAUGGCUCGCAUCCAGCGCCUGCGGGAGGUCCUGGUGCGCAGGGAGUCGGAGCUGCGCUUCAUGAUGGACGACAUCCAACUCUGCAAAGACAUCAUGAGCUUAAAGCAGGAGCUGCGACAGAUCGUGUCAGUCCCAGAGAAGGAAAAAAACAAGAAACACAAGCAGCGGGAAGAGGAGCUGAUCCUGAAGAUCCACAAACUGGUGCAGAAGAGGGACUUCCUGGUGGACGACGCCGAGGUGGAGAGAUUAAGGGAGCAGGAGGAGGACAAGGAGAUGGCCGAGUUCCUCCGCCUCAAACUCAUGCCUCUGGAACAGAAGCUCAAAGUCACGCAACAUCCUCCGAAGCCCAAGAGGCACAUCCUGGAGCCGCCGCCGAACAAGCCGUCCAUCACCAAGUCGGGCGCGGCCGUCAUCAAGGACUGCUGCGGCGCCACUCAGUGCGCCGUCAUGUAACCAUCAGAAACACGUCCCGUCAGCCAGAGAAACCCCCCCAGACGCUGUUACACUGGUUUAAAUAUUCCAAAUUCACUGAUUCACUCCCUUCCGUCCCCCUGCUGGAGCGGCAGUGUUGUAAUGUCAUGAUGACAGCCGGUUUCUCUGAGUGACAGGAAGCAUUUGUCAAACUCUCACGUUAUGGCGACGGGUAUUUAUUCUUCCAUUCCAGUCCUGAAACGCCUCCGUUUUUCAUUUCCACGCCGUUCCUCCCGCCGGCUCCAGGUGGUUCCAAACACCCAAACACCUCACCGUUAAGUGACUUCCACCGACCGGUCUAUAGCGAUGUGAGAAAUCCCCGCCAGCCGGUGGACGCUUUUGUUCCCCCAGCAGACAAAUAUGGUCAAAAACAGCAGUUCGAUCCCACGCUGGCCAAACUAACACACACACUGCGAACACGGCUGCACUGUCUGGUCAUGAACGGCUCAUUUAGCUGUGGUUGUGUAUCUUAGAGGGAAAUACAAAGAUGAGUUUCACACAAACUAAAAAUACACCACUGUCACUGCGAUGCUUGUAAAAGUUUGACAAAUGUUUCAUCUAAAAUUAAUAAAUUCAGGCCACGUAUCCUCAAGCAGAUAAAAUUAGAAAUACUUAUCCAACGUCUUGAGCCGUGUGUCAAUAAGAAGAAAAAGAGGUUCUGAUGUAGGCACAGCGACAUUGGCAGUUUUCAGUCCCUCCUUCCACCGUCUUAACGCUUGUAAAUGCGAACGCCCCAGCCAUCCGUCAUGGUGUCGCUCAUUCCCCCGAAGGACGACGCAUCAGUGAGUGUACUAACAUCAUCUCCGCCAUCGACUACUGAGAAACACGGACUCCUUCAUCCAUAUCGCCGACGACAGACGGCGCCUUGCAUCCUCUGAAUUUAGUCUUGCAUUUUUAACGAUAAAUACCAGGAAGCGAAUGCAACCCCCCCUUGUAAAUCCUACGAUAGACGGUGUGUGUUUGAGUGUAUUUAGGACAUUAGUGACUCGCGUCAAGCGAAAAGUGUUGCUCUUCGUCACUUUACUUCCUUCUGAUGACUUGGCGUUGUGUAGUUGUAGUGACUUGAUGAAGGUCCUAAUGUUUAAUAUUGAACAGAUAUGCAGAAAAUAAGCUGAAACUACCUGUACAUACAUGUUUAAAUAAAAAGCAUCUUUCA